AUGCCCAUCCGCAACAAGACGACCGGUGACUUCGACAUCGUCUCAACAUAUCACUCCCUCCUCCAAGACCCCGACCUGACGAAACCCGUCGCCGCCAUUGAGGCCCUCAUCUCCCUCCUCAACGCCUCGGGUACCACGACCGUAUACGAAACCCUCGACCUCGUCAAGCGCGCCUCAAACACCCUCCACGCCUCCGUCAACAAUCCCGUACCCCUCCAGGCCGGCACCGACUUGUUCCUGCAGUACCUCGUCUCCUCGCUUAAGCAGCAGGAGGGCCAAUCCGCUGCCACGAAUCCGCACCAGUCCUUCGACGCCGUUCGCACCCACCUCCUCCGCAACGGCCGCCUCUUUGCCUCCCGCGCCAUCGCCGCACGUGACCGCAUCGCCGACGCCGGUUGGCGCUUUGUGCGCGACGGCAAGGUCGUCCUAACCCACGGUGCCUCCCGCGCCGUCUCCACUCUCCUGUUCCGCGCCGCUGAUCAGUUCGGCGACGGCGGCGUCCGUUUCAAGGUUGUCUACGUCCGCGACGAGCACCGCCCGGCCGAGUCGGACCGCGUCGUACGGGAACUCCGCGAGAAGGGCAUUCCCGUCGCUGAGAUCGCCGAGCCCGCCGUCGCGCACGUUCUAGGCCUGUUGCGUCAGGUCCACAUGGUCAUUGUCGGCGCCGAGGCAGUCACGCAAAACGGCGGCAUCAUCUCGCGCAUGGGCACCUACCAGAUCGCCAAGCUGGCGAAGCAGGCCGGUCUGCCCUUCUACGUCGCCGCCGAGUCGCACAAGUUCGUGCGCAAAGUGCCUCUUGACCAGCGGGAUCUCGGGUUCAAGCAGCACGUGUUGGACUUCCGGACGGACGGUGCGAGCGUACAGCCCGAGGACGCCGUGGAUUACACUCCCCCCGACUUUAUCUCCAACCUCGUGACGGAGAACGGCGUCAAACUACCCAGCUACGUGUUCGAGCAGCUCCUCGACAUCUACGGCAGUCUGAACGGCUGA